CAACAAAACGUUAUGUUUUUGUUUUGGUCCGUUGAAAUAAGUUUUGUUUAUCAGAACUCCAAAACAAUUUUCCGCAAUCUGAAAGACACAGAAGAGCAAUGUCCUUAUUAGAAAUCGACAGACGGUCGUGUCGUAUCUGUAUUAGCAGCUCCAACGGGAUAGUUUCUCUUAAUGAAAUCGUAAAUGGAAAAAGUCUGGCAGAAAUGUUACGUUAUUGUGUUAAACUAGAGAUUUUUGAAAACGAUGACCUACCAUUCCAAUGUUGUGCGAAUUGCAAAUCUGAUCUCGUUGUAGCGUAUAAUUUGGUGAUACGCUGCAAGGAAUCGGAUGCUUUGUUUCGGAAUCACGCAAAAAACAGCAAAGAUGCUAUGGGAUUAACAUCAUUUGAGUCUACCAAUUUGAGAACAGACUAUCAGUUGAAAACGGAGUUCAAGGCGGAAAAGGAACGUAUAUACGCAGAACCGAUACCAGAUUUGCUUGCAUUGAGUAGUGAACUAUCGAACAAUCUGAAAUGCGAUGAUAGUGGGAGCUCAUCAAGUGAUACUAAUGGGAAUGAUGAUUACGAUGACGAUGAUAAAAUCGGCGAGGAAUAUAUUCAAGAGGAUGCUAAGGAAGAUGAGAAUGUGACAAAUCAAGAAAACGACGUGGAUGAUAUUGUAUGUGAACGGAAACGUAGGAGGUAUGUUAAGAAAAAAUCCUCUUCUUCCCCCAAACGAUGCUGCAAAUGCAGGAUGCGUUUGGAAAAUAUGGAGCAAGUCGAGCAACAUUCUAAAAUGCAUAUAGAAUCGAGAAUUAGCGACAAGCAAAAAAUUGCUGCUAGACCGUUUGAAUGCUCGGUUUGCUUUAAACGGUAUACUAAGAAACGAGCUUUACUUCUUCAUCAACGAGAAAUGUUCAUGGAGAAACAAUUUCGAUGCGAUGAAUGUGAUGAAGAUUUUCUCACAGAAGCCCAAUUAGAGGACCAUAAAGAAACUCAUGAUAAAGACAGCAGUGGUAGAAAGGGACAGCUUCCAAAAUGCUGUGCUUGUUACCAACAGUUUGAGUCCGAAGAAUUGUUGAAAAAACAUGCAGACGAAAUUCACCUGCCAGAAAGCCAAACUUCCACAAGCGAUAAUGAAAACCAAUUCACUUGUGACAUUUGCCACCGUAGAUACAAAACGAAACGGAUAUUGUUGGAUCACAAGUCAAAGCCAUACCGCACCAAGCAAUAUCAAUGUGCCCAAUGUGGGAGAAUAUUCCGGGACAAAUGUGCCCUCUCCGAUCACGAACGUUGUCACCAGGGAGAGCGUCCUUUCGUCUGCCCGGUUUGCUCGAAAACAUUCGCCAUAAAGGACUCGUACAGAAAACAUGUGAAAUCGCAUUCUAUAGAAGAUGAUCGUUUCAAAUGUGAAGUUUGCGGGAAGGGGUUCAAAACGAAGGGGAACUUGAAAGAUCACUACAUUACGCAUGCAUCGGAUUAUCGGCCGCUGAGCUGUAGUCUGUGUUCAGCAACAUUCGCGCGAAAGUCAUGUCUCAAAUCACACAUGAGGAUGCACACCGGCGAGAAGCCUUUCCAGUGCAAUAUGUGCGAUGCAAGUUAUGCAUUUUCGAGCGACCUCAAACGCCACAUUAUGGCACAUAAGGGGAUAAAACCGUACAUUUGUAAUGUAUGCGGGAGAGGAUACCCAAGACAGGACUAUCUGCGUAAACAUUUGGCAUCGCAUAAUGCAAACAGUUGAACAAUAGUUUUUACUGAUGCAUCCGAUAUCAUUGUUAUGUCAAUAAAG